CGCGAGCGCGCGCGCUCCGCUUCCUCUCGCCGCAGUGUUGCAUGUGCUCCAGAGUCUGCACGAUAACUACAGCACACACGGUGCCCGCAGCAUCCUUACAGACCCGCCAUACGGCGCACAUUUAGACCGUUUGCACGCAAAACCGCAGGCUGUCACCCGGACACUUGCCAUAUGACGAGCUAUCAAAGUUGGCAUGUGGCACAAUAUGAUACGUUUUUAUUUUCUUUCAGUGAUAUGUUCAGUCUAAAGCAUUAGGUUCAGAAAGCCACCUGUCCGGGAAUGUAGCGAAGACCGUCCGCUCCUGGUUCCGCGAGAACUUCCUUCCCCUUCCUUGACUGCCUUGACUGCAUGGUGCUCUGGCAACGAGAUCCCAUUAUGCUGUGGGCCAGUCAUCAUGGUCCUGCCUAAGGGGCAACAGGACUUGUCAAAGUGCAUGAGGUUAGCACCCAGACCAAACAAUGGGGACAGAGAGUUACACUCAGCAGCUCCAGCUGGAGACCAGUGAUGGGGCUGGAACGCUGGCCAGCAUCACCAGUGUUAAGGGACCAAUUGAAGAAAGUGUCAACACAGGAUGGUACAUGCCUUAUCCAAUUGGAUUCCAGGUGUCACUUACCUGCUUUCUCUUACUAGAGCUGGUUCUGGGAUUUAGCAGCAACUUAACAGUGCUAGUACUUUACUGCUCCCAGUCCAACCUGGUUGAUUCAGUAAGUAACAUGGUAACAGUCAACCUUCACGUCCUGGACAUUGCUGUGUGUGUACUUUGUCUGCCGCUAACAAUUGUUGUGGUGCUGCUGCCAACUGGUCACAAUCUGGAACUUAUCUGCUGCUUCCAUGAAGCCUGUGUGACAUUUGCAAGCAUUUCCACAGCCAUUAAUGUGCUAGUCAUCAGUCUGGAUCGCUAUGACAUCUCUGUGCGGCCUGCUAACCGGUUUCUCACCCCUCGAUGGGCAGCGCUUCUAUUGGCAGCUGUAUGGGCCGUGUCCCUUGCAGUUUUUUUCAUCCCAUUCAUAGAGGUAGACUUUUUCUCAUCAGAGCCAGAGAAUGGGUUGGCCAGCAGCUCCUUGGCUCCAGCUUGGCGUAACAGGACACUCCUGUGUGUGGGAGGACAAGGUUAUAACACAGCCCUCGGAAUGUACUACCACAUCCUUCUGCAGGUGCCAAUUUUCUUUGUCACAGUAGUGGUCAUGCUUUUUACUUACUCAAGAAUUCUACGAGCACUCAAUAUUCGUAUUGGAUCCCAUAUGAGGAGGAGUCAGCGGCGUAGUGGAGCAAACUGCAGAGGGCGCCAGAGAAGACGAAAAAAAAAGGGAGGCUCUGCAGAUAUUGAAGGAGGAGCCCAAACAACAAGCCAGACCAAGCAACUGACACAUCCUCCUCUCAUCUCCUCACCAGUUCCAACCCCUACAGCCACCUCGCCGCCACCUCUGUCUUCCACCCCACUGGUUAGUGCCAGCACUCUGACACACCCUGCACCCACAGUAGGUGUUCAGGCUUCAGUUUCGGCCAUCAUUGCUCUUCGCAGAGCCGUAAGGCGGCACAGAGAUCGGCGAGAGCGUCAGCGACGGGUCUUCAGGAUGUCCCUCAUUAUUAUCUGCAGCUUCUUAGGCUGCUGGGCACCUAUAUCUGUGGCAAACAUUCUCAUCCUGACUCUAGGUCCUAGCGAUACUCUUGUUCGUGUGAGGCUUUGGUUCUUGGCCAUGGCCUAUGGCACCACAAUAUCCCAUCCAAUGCUGUAUGCUUUCACAAGGCAGAAGCUCCGCCGGGCUCUCAAAGCCAAAGUAAAGAAGCGUGUGGUGUCCUUGUUGCAAGUGGACCCUUCCCCAGGCGGAACCGUCAUUCACAAUUCCUGGGUAGAGCCACGACAGGGACGUAAGAUUCGUUUAGAAGGCAGUGAUGCUACAGAUAGGUGUCUAACAGAACCACUUUGAAAUCAAGCAACAAGACCUUUGGUUUGUAUAUUUGUCCUGUAUGUCAGCACAUUAAGAAAAGGAAAUGUGCUUUGGCCUUGUUAGGCAGAGUUUGAAGUGUGAUGUCCAAAUUAAUAAGGAGGUCACAACGAACACAAUCAGUGGACUCAUAAUAAUCAGUGAGCUAAAAAAUGUUUUAAUGCGUAUUCUUUGCAAGUUGUGUGCUGACUUACUAUGUUAACAAUGUUCACUUAUUUACCAUUUAAAUCAUAUUUAAAGCAUUAUUUUUAAUGUGAAAGUGAUAGAGAUAAGCUGGAGUAUUAAUGAAAGAUCUAUUUUGAAAAUGUUUUAAUUUGUAGUAUACACUUUUGGUGUAAAUACCAGGGCCUAUUUAUUUAAGUAUUUAUUUAUUUAUGUAAUAUAAUGUAAUAUACAAAUGUAAUUGUGGAAUAUGAAUUUUAUUUCUUCAGGCAUAACUGUGCAUAUCAUAAGAUAUUUUACAAAAAUGAUAGUCAGUAAUAAGGUAAUCUGCAAUAUUUGCAACUUGAAGUUGAACAGAGAAUUGCACAGGUGUGCCAAUUAAGCAGCUAAUUUUUUGUUAACUAGCAUUCUUGUUAGAAAUAAGUCACAGAAGCCACCUCUGGGCCUCCUUAGCAACUGUUGUUUGGGAAAUUUUACUAUCACCAGCGAACCAUGAGGAGAGCAUGAGGAAAGGGCUGAUGCAAAAUCUCAAGCGCUCAGUUAUCUGGAUUCGACCCCGGCCUCCUCUUAUACACCUACACAUUUGUUCACACUGAGUUAGAUAUGGACUUUAAAUGUUCAAUAGCCUAGGAGCAUAGUGUGGACUUAAGUCCAUGUUUACCUAAUGGUAAACUUGCUCUUUGAGAGUACUCACUAGGGCACUAAUCUUCAAUAGCAGCUUACAGUAAAACUAAAUGCACAAUAAUUAUAGUUUGUCAAUUAGAUGCAUGUGAAAGCAUUCUCUACUAUAAGGGCAAAUAUGUUCCGGACCAUGCCUUAUAUCUUCUCACAAGAGUAUUGUGGUGUUGAAUGUGCUUUUAAUUUUCCAUAUGGACAUUCC